AUGGAAACAGACAUUAAAAAUUUGAAACUGCAGAAAGAAUGUUUGAUACGUCAAAGAUCGGAGUUGAAGCGCGAAUUGAGGCGAUCGUUCGUCUACAGAGCGUUUGUGCGGCGACUGUGUGAGCUGUCGCCUGGUCUGCGAGAUGCCAGAGAUGUCCUACUCAGAUAUGAUAACCUAACCUUUCAUAAGCAAAAACUACUGGAGAAAGAAAGGAUGAGUCAAGAAAAAAUGAGGAAUCUGAAACAGGAGGGACUGGCUUACGUUGAGUACAUGAAAAAUGAGAUACUUCAUCUCAAUAACGAAUUACUGAUCCGAAAAAAUAACUCCAGUCCGUGGAUUGAAGGAAGAAACGAAAAAAUGAAUCAAAUUAGCGAAGAUGGGAAAGUGACGAAGUUGCCUGAUGUGAAUGAUGCUAAGGUUGAUAAACCUUCGGACGUCAGAAAUAUUCCAGCGAUGGAGUACAUGUGCAUAUUACAAGCCGUCAUUCAGCUGAUGAAGAAGAAGAAAUGA